AUGGAGGCACUGUUCCAGGGUUCUUAUCUCUUAACCAAACCUCCCAAAACCGCUUCCAUGGCAAAUUCUCUUACAUUCAACUUCAUAUCUCAUCCCACCAGUUACUUUUCUUCAGCGAAGUUUUCUGUUCAGAAUAAACCUAGAUCAUUAUCACUGCUUGUUACCAAUGCUUCUAAGAAAGAUAAGAAAAAAGAUAGCCAUAGCUUUGUACCCAAACCAGAUGAAAUCACUGGGUUCUUCCCUGAAUCUGUUCUUCUCAAAAAGAAGGAAGUUGAGGAAAAUGGUAAACUUCUACCGCAGUUUGAAGAUGAGGAUGAAAGAAAACUAUACGAAUCGCUGGCACUUGAAGUGGAAACUGAUAUGGGUGCUGAAUUAUCGCGCCACUACGAGAUUGUUUACUUAAUUCACGAGCAGCACGAAGAUGAGGUUGCAUCUGUCAAUGAGAAAGUCCAAGAAUUUUUGAGGGAGAAGAAAGGAACAGUGUGGAGAUUUAGCGAUUGGGGUAUGAGAAGGUUGUCCUACCGAAUACAGAAAGCUUAUAAUGCACAUUACAUUUUGAUGAACUUCGAGUUGGAUGUGAAAUAUAUCAACGACUUCAAGACUUUGUUGGACAAAGAUGAAAGAGUCAUUCGACAUUUGGUCAUAAAGAGGGACGAAGCAAUCACUGAAGAUUGCCCUCCCCCUCCCGAGUAUAGCAAUUUUGAUGAUGAAGACGAAGAAGAUGAUGAAGAAUUUGACGAUGAAUGGGAUGACGAAGAGGAAGAGGAAGAGGAAGAGGAAGAGGAAGAUGACGAUGACGAUGAUGGUGGUGGUGGAGUAAUCGUCAAAGAUGAUGAUGAUUUGGGAAUGUUAGACAGCCAAAUGUUAAAUUAA